GCGGUGCGGGGUGGCGGCUGCACCAAGAUGGCCGUAGCGGGCAAAGGAGCGGUGGCGGCGGCGGUGAAGCCGAUCUUCAGCCGGGACCUGGGCGAGGCGAAGCGGCGCGUGAGGGAGCUGUACCGGGCCUGGUACCGUGAAGUGCCCAACACGGUGCACCUCUACCAGCUGGACAUCACGGUGAAACAGGCCCGAAGCAAAGUGCGGGAGAUGUUCAUGAAGAAUGCCCACGUUAGAGACCCACGGGUGAUAGACCUGCUGGUCAUUAAGGGAAAAAUGGAACUUCAAGAAACCAUUCGGGUGUGGAAGCAGAGGACUCACGUCAUGAGGUAUUUCCAUGAGACGGAAGCCCCACGACCUAAAGACUUUCUGUCCAAAUUCUAUGCUGGCCACGAUCCCUGAAAGAUUAACUCUGUGUCUUAUUGCCUUAUCUUACAAAUAAAGUUCUAUACAGUAGAAGUAAAAAAAAAGAUCUGUACAGAAGGAUUGUGUGGCACCUUAGGAGCCUGGUGACUGACUUUGAAUGCAGGAUGUGUGCCAGUCGUUACCAUCUGCAUUUCCUAGUUUUGGCCAUGUGUAUUGUCAGUGGAUGGAGUUGGUCCUAUUGCCUGCCCUGGAGUGUCUGCUGAAUAACCACAGCACAGCCUGGCUUUGAGGCCUUCUGCUUAGCCUGCAUAGGUGUUAGCUUUGUGGAAGAAAGAGCAGGCCUUCAGAGAAGCCACUGUAGUCACAGAAAGGUUCUUGGGCUUGAGGGUCAUCUGUAUUCGUGCAGUGUUGUGCAGUUUCAUGCUAGGACUUCGCUGACCACCUGUAUUUUACCUGGAUGCUAGUCUCAGUUCACUUCCUCAUGGAGAA